GCUGACCCCUCCCUGUUUGCUUUGCAGAACCUGGACCAUGGCAAGGCCUGGGGCAUCCUGACCUUCAAAGGAAAGACGGAGAGCGAGGCCCGGGAGAUCGAACACACCAUGUACCACGACUGGCGGCUGGUGCCCAAGCACGAGGAGGCGGCCUUCACCGCUUUCACACCGGCGCCGGAGGACACCCUGCGCUCCGUGCCCUACCCGCCGCUGCUCCGGGCCAUGAUUCUGGCAGAGCGACGGAAGAAAGGGGACCCCAGCACCGAGGAGCCCGUGCUGAGUCUGGAGAGAGUCCCCAUUGAGCCCUGGGACUACCCCGAGAAACAAGAGGCAAAGAAAAGGGCCAAGGGCACUCCUGUCUGAAAUGCCAGAACCGGCAGUUUGUCUAAAGGGUGCAAGGCAGCGGGCACCGUCCUGGUGACUCAGAAUGUCCGUGUUGCUCCUGAGUCAGCCCCCGGGACCUCCGUGACUUUUCUGAGACCGCACUGAACAGAGGGGCGCCAGACCCCGCGCCUGUGUCUCUUUGUCCCUGUUCUCCAAACCCAGAUCUGGCCGAGGGAGCGUUGGGAGAAGACCGACACCGUGCGUGUGGUCCGGUGGAGGGUGGUGGUUUCUUCCGGUCUGGAGUGUGCACGGGCCCGCAGGAGGCAGCUGCUGGGGGAGAGCUGGCAGCAGCGGGGCUGCAGGUGUGGAGCCACGGCGCGGGCACCUGCCACUUCCAGGUGGCAUCCCUUUCCCAUAUGCGUUGCUUCAGCCAGGACCGAAUCUUGAGAGCCAAUAAAGGCAAAUGCAGCAG